AUGGCCUCUCGUCUCUAUCCCAAGUCCCAAAGUCCAGUCUCACACGUCAGGGCGAAGGACGGGAUCCAUCCUGACGAGCUCGAGCAGCUUCUUGCCAAGCCAACCUGGUCCGUCGAGUCCCUCCUGCCACCAAAGACGCGCGCCCCCGAUGCUCCGCAAAUCUCCUCCAAGCAACUCCGCCACCUGCUACGACUCUCGGCUCUCCCGCUGCCCGAGUCGCGCGAGCAAGAACAGAAGAUGCUGGACACACUAGCGGCCCAGCUGCAUUUUGUUGGCCAGAUACAAAAGGUAGACACAACAGGCGUGAAGCCCCUGGUGGUGAUCAGAGACGAGACCAAGGCGGCAGAAGGAGAGCAAACGAUCACACUAGAGACGUUGAAGGAUGCGUUGGCGAAAGAGAAGGUUGUAGGGAAGCAUCACAGGCGCAUACAGAGGGACCCCACGCCGGUGGACGCGAGGGACGUUGAAGGCUGGGAUGUCCUGGGCUCGGCAGAACGCAAAGCUGGGAAGUAUUUCGUUGUCGAGAGCGAGAGACCCCAGGAAUGA